AUGUGUAAUAAUUGGAAUGUGCUGUUUCCGUGCGAUUCGUGUGCAUAUUUACAUAGCGGAGUGUAAUAAAUUGUGAUUUCCUUGAUCAGCGGAAGGAAUAGAUCCGAGUGGAAGGCAAUAGCGGGUGCUAGUCCUUGAGGUUGAGUGUCGAGCGAAACAGUUUCACCAGGUGAUUUCACGAAGGUGCGAAAAGGCGGGAGUUCAGCCGGUUAAUAGACUCCCGCUUGAAUUGGCCGCUUUUCGAUUCGCGGAAAAUCUGCGUUUUCCUCUUCGAGAUUUUCCUAAUCUGAGAGUUUUCGUCGCGGUUGUGGGGCAUCUGUGGUGUUUCAUACGAGUGGUUUGUGCCCAAGGCGAAGAAGUUGGUUAACACUCAGCUGAUAGAAGGACGACGAUGACCCACCAGACGGUGGCUCACGAAUUGUUGCGCGCGAUAUGACAAAUGCGUCCCGGCGGCGCGGUUAAUUGUACUAACGAUCCCCGUCACGCUUGGCCCUGAAUAGUAGUUUGUGACCGUUAACGGCGCCCUCUAAAAAAUUGCAGUGAAAGGAUUACAAAAAGGAUUGCUUGGUGACGGAAACCAGCUUGGAAUCUAGUGUCGAGUCCUUUUCAGAUAUUUGAAUAAGAUGAGUGAAAGGUGCCCCUAAAAUACUAGAAAAUUGUGAAUUGGAAAUUAUAUUUUCGCCCAGGAGCCAAUUCCCCGAAAUACUACAGGAAAAAAAAGUGAAAAAUCGUUUUCCCAAUUGAGUGCCGUGCGCGGUUCUAACGUUGGUCCGUUCGCUUUCUGUGUGUGAACUUUCUGUGCUGAAGUAAAAAGUUAUUUUUAGUUUUUAUUUCUUUUCUCGGUUUGAUCUUUUUUUCAUUUUAAAUGUUGUACAACGCGCUGGCUACUGUUGCCAUUGCCGUUUCUCCCGCUUCACGCCGCAUUCAUCAGAAUAAAGUCUAGAAGGAAAGGCAGCGGAAAAAAUACACAAUACGAAAAGUGAUGCUCUGAGACGGCGAGACGACGGGACGGAAUCGAACCCAAUCCGAAAUAAAUAGAAAAAAACACUCGACAUUUAUCUUGUGACGAAAAUUUCAAUUUUAGAUAAAUACAAGCGAGAAAAUAGAUGAAAAGCUCCCGCGAACAGGGAAAAUAAUCCAAAACAAUUCGCGGGAAUUGAUCGCAAAAAAUUCUACCAGGGAAGAGUUGCGAGAGUUGUGUAAAGAAAUUCCCGCUUAAAACUUUCGAAACUUUCAAACCAUCUCGAAAACAUAUUUUUUUCCUGCAGAACGAGGAACCCUUAAACUGUCGUUCAUGGAUUGCGAGUACUCGAAAUUGUUUUAUAAACACGGUGUAGUUGGAACCGGCACCAUAACCUCACCGUGGACAUCAGUAAGUGCCGGUCCAUCGGGUCCGUUGGGGCCGGCAGACACCAACGGUACCAUGACAGAUAGCAAAAAUUUGGAUGUGGGGGACAUGAGCGAUGACGACAAGGAUCUCUCGUCGGCAGACGCGGAAGGAGUAUGGAGCCCCGAUAUUGAACAGAGCUUUCAAGAAGCAUUAGCCAUAUAUCCGCCAUGUGGAAGGCGAAAAAUUAUAUUAUCAGAUGAAGGAAAAAUGUAUGGACGAAAUGAACUGAUAGCGCGGUACAUAAAACUUCGAACGGGAAAAACGAGAACACGGAAACAAGUCAGCUCACACAUUCAAGUACUGGCAAGAAGAAAAUUACGGGAAAUCCAAGCUAAAUUAAAAGUCGAUCAUAUUGGCAACAAGGAGAAAGCCCUUCAGACAAUGUCGAGUAUGUCUAGUGCUCAAAUUGUUGAUGUGACAACAGGCAAAGGUCUAACAUUGACUGGACCACCACCUCCUCAUCAUCCCCUGCAUCCAUCAUUACCUUAUCAUCGUCCUCCUCAAUUUUGGCAGCCAGGACUUCAGGCGAGUACUUCACAAGAUAUUAAGCCUUUUGCACAACCACCAUAUCCCUCCGGUAAACCAUCAACAGCUGUUUCUGGUGAUAUCGAAGCAGGUCUUCCACCAGCGCAACCUUCAUGGGAAGGUCGAACGAUAGCAACGCACAAAUUUAGACUGUUAGAGUUCUCAGCGUAUGUGGAAAUCCAAAGAGAAGAGCUUUACCACAAGCAUAUGUUUGUCCACAUAGCAAGUAAGCCACCCACGUAUACAGAUCCAAUGUUAGAGUCGAUCGAAAUUAAACAAAUAUCAGAUAAAUUCCCUGAAAAAACUGGCGGCCUUAAAGAUUUAUACGAAAAGGGACCGCAAAAUGCUUUCUAUUUAGUGAAAUGUUGGGCCGAUUUAAAUACAAAUGUUAUAGAUGAAGCGGGUGCCUUUUAUGGUGUUUCAAGCCAGUAUGAAAGCAACGAAAGCGUAGUAUUAACAUGCUCAACAAAAGUGUGUUCAUUUGGCAAACAAGUAGUGGAGAAAGUCGAAACGGAAUACCCCCGAAUAGAAAACAAUCGGUUUUUCUAUCGUAUACAUAAAUCACCGAUGUGCGAAUAUAUGAUAAAUUUCAUACAAAAACUUAAAAAUCUACCCGAACGGUAUAUGAUGAACAGUGUAUUAGAGAAUUUUACAAUAUUACAGGUUGUUUCGAACAAGGACACACAAGAAACACUUUUGUGUAUAGCGUUCGUAUUUGAAGUGGCCGCAUCAAAUCACGGUGCACAACAUCAUAUCUAUAGGCUAGUAAAGGAAUAGCAUGAACUGAAUGAAUGUAUGCAAUCCCCAUCAUCGAUAUUUACUUAUAACAAAGAUAAAGUUCAAAUUUGUAAUAUACAACAACAACAGCAACAAGACGACGUGAUAGAAGGGAGAGCAACUGCAGCAGAUGCAUCUGAGUCGGGAACAGCAGUAGGAAUCCUAAUUGCAUCAUCAGUAAAAUCGGCGAUCACAGAGAAUUUGCAUAUUAACAAUAGCAACAGUAACAGUAAUAGUAAUAACAAUAACAACAACAAUAUCAGUACUAAUAACUACAACACAGUUUUCUUGAAACAACAUAAUCAUCAUUUUGGCGGCAUAAAAUCCAGUGAUGAUGGCGACAAUACACCACAGACACAUAUUGACGAUAUAAGAAGGAAAGAUUCAGUCUAGAAAAAUCAGUUUAGGAAAAUGCAGGUGCAUGCACUUGUACGGAAUGCAUUCUGCAGCAUGGAAAUUUCUAUUUCGAAUGGAAAAUGUAUGAAUGUAUAAUUGGAAAACGACUAUUCAAGUAAUUUAUUUAUUGGAUUCUUGUUUCGAUAUAGUUUUACGGCAAGCAUAAAGUUUGCAAUGCCAUAAGGAAGGAGAGUAGUUUGUAAAGAAUCUUGAAUAUGUUUGUUUGUUACUAAGAAGGAUCCCAUAGAAUAGUUUUGUGGUGAAAUGGAAUGUCUAGAUUCAGUAAUAGUUGUAAAGUCCGGCCCAAAUGCAUUCCUGGAAGUUUCGAUUGCAAUGGAAUCGUUUAGCAUGAAAAGUUAAUCAAUCGUCUAUGAACGGUUUGUCCUGGGACCCGAAUAUAUUUGCGAUGCUGUUCAUAGUUUCGCAAUAUAUUCCAAUUCUAAGAAUGCCUUCCAUGAUGCUGAUCAUUCAGAGAUUUGAUUGAACCAAUUAGUUUCGAACAGGAAGACCAAAUUGCAUCGACCCAGAGGAAACAUCUAUAGAAUUCCAUUUCGCCAUUCUAGAUGGAAAUUUGAUUUCACCGAAGAAAGUUCAAAACAGGACAUAUCCGACAAAUCUAAUCAUACAUUCACUCACUCUCUCUAUCUUUACAAAUCUGCUAAAGUUGUGAUAUAAAUCUUUUUAAAAAAUUGUAACUAAAGACCACGGACACACCCGAACUAAAUCCUAAAUGUUGAGAGCUGAAAGGAAGAGGUUGGAACCAAUUUGAAGGAGAGGCAGAAUGUUAAAUUUGCAAACUAGUUUCACACUAAGAUACCAAGUCCAGAGAUGAGUACUGAAGAGGGAAAAGAUAGAAGUUUCAUUGGAACGGAAGA